AGUGAUAUACUUAAUAUUACAAUUGCAAUUUAUGAUAAAGUUCUAACAGUAUAGGUGCGAUACCUCCAAUCACUGACCACAGCUUGUAUCGUGUUCGAAUGUAAUUUUCUACAUACCACUCUCGCUCGCCACUCUCCUGGCGUUGUGGAUAAUGUAGGUAGGCAAUAGCUAAGUAUGUCUCUCGUCGUCGAAGUGAUGUCAUGUGGAUUUUUUUUUUGCAGUUCCGCCCUUGUCUUAGGAUGAGAACAGUUGUGUUUUGAUGCGGAUUAAAGGGGCAGUGUUCACAUCUGCAGUUUGUUGUUUAUUCAUCAUUGGAGAUAUGGUGCACUGAUUGUUCGUUCAGACGUUAUCAUUGUACCUGUACGGAAGUGACUAAUUCAUAAAAGACUAAGGUGGGAAUGAAUUAAACACAUUUUUGGUUCAACGAAACAUUUGGUGUUCAAUGUGUAUGUAUUGUUAUCGACUUAUAAUUAACACUCUGUGAUAAGAUUGAGAGUCUCGCGAACAUCAACAAACACCACGUCAUUGUGUUCUUUAGCGAGUGUGAAUCCACCAGUGCCAGUGUGAUCAGUGACUACUGUGACCAGAAGAAUGAGUGGUUCCAGAACUAAGAUAUUGCAGAAGCUGUCUAGCCAUACCAGCGACGUCACGUCUGUUGACUUUUUCGGAAAUUCGUUACUGGCGACAGGGUCAAGUGAUAAAACGGUUCGCGUCUGGCGUUGGGUAGCUGGCAAUGGUUUCUGCGAGGAACCCUUCUCGCCACUGCUGGGCCACAAGUAUGGAGUAACGAGUGUUCGCGUUUCCCCCAAGGGUGCCGUACUAGCAUCGGCCUCGGUGGACGGUACUGUGAUGCUGUGGAACCUAGCGACAGGUGAAGAGAUGAACGUGCUCACGCAAGAAGGCGGUGAGGCCAUCCGUGCGUGCAUCUUCAGCCCAAACGGAGCCUCGAUCGUCAGCUCGGACGACAAUGGCUACAUAUGCGUUUGGGGGCCGGACAAAAGCCUCAGAAGACAUAUGAAGAUUCAUGACGAGGCAAUUCACACCAUGGCUUUCUCCAGCGAUUCGAGCAUCCUGCUAACCGCCUGCACGCUCGGGAACAUUCGAUUUUACGCCGUGGAAGACGAUUUUGAGGCCGAAAUUUCGAAACCGGACUGCUCCAUCGAUGCUGCUCACGACAUGGGCGUUCUAUCAGCAGACUUUUGCAAAGUCGUACAUACUGAUCCCGCCGAUAACUUUUCGAUCAUCUACACGGUGGCCACGUGCGGCACGGACCAUUUCAUCAAGAUCUGGCGCCUUUUCUACAUUCCUGCCAACGUGGACCGCAGUCGGAAGUCGCGAUUGAUUCCGACCACACCUCAGGAGCACUUUGCCGGCCAGUCGACAAUCUACAGCACCGCGGUGAUGAACGCCAGCUGCGUGCAGACCAUUGCAGCCCACGGCAGUUCGGUGACAUGUGUGAGGUUUAACAGCACCGGUACGCUGUUGAUAUCAUGCAGCCUCGAUAAGACCAUUAAGAUUUGGAACCAACAGGGAACGUGCAUCAAAACGCUCUCGGAGCACUCACGCUACGUAAACUGUUUGGCCAUCAACAGUGACUCGACGGUUAUUGCGUCGGGGUCGAACGACCGCUCGGUAAUCAUCUGGGAUUUGACGAACAAUCUGACGAUCGAUUCACACAUCACCGGGAUCCGGUCGUUGCUGUUCAAGCUGGCAUCGAAGACCACGGACAUUCCGCUGGAAUUCAUUUGUCCGAUCACACAUGAGAUUAUGAGGGAACCGGUCUACGCCGAAGACGGGUUCACGUACGAGCGCACGGCCAUCGAGGAGUGGUUCAGCCGCGAGAAAAUCGUAUCCCCGAUGACCAACGUGGAGCUGUCCACCGACGAGCUGGUGGAAAACGGUAAACUCAAGCAGAAGAUCGACGAGUACAUCAAGACACUUGAUCUGGAUAGUUUUGAAUAAGGAGGUGCAUGGUCACGCACGAGCCUCCCUUUCAGGGACUGAUUAUUCAGCAUUUGUUGUUUUUUUCUUUCAUUCUUGAUGUUAUUAUGAUAUUGACAUAGAGUUAUUUUGUUACACAUAUCUGUAAAUGUUGUUAUCAACCUCAGAA